AUGGUUAUUUUUUGACGGUUUUCAGACGAUUUUGUGUGGGGAGCAGGGACGUCGGCAGGUCAGAUAGAAGGGGCGUGGCGGAAAGACGGUCGCAGUCCCAGUGUGUGGGAUGUAUUCUCUCACACGCCCGGCAAAACAGACCAAGGAGACACGGGCGACAUUGCAGCAAACAGCUACAGCAAUUACAGCGAGGACAUCAACAUGCUCAGCGAGAUGGGGGUGAAGUCGUACCACAUGUCAUUGUCCUGGUCUCGCGUCAUGCUCAACAGAACAAGUGUAAACCCACAGGGCGUCACCUACUACAACAACAUCUUCAAGGCCCUACGCAGCAGCGGCAUCGAGCCCUACGUGACGUUGUACUACUACGACCUCCCGGAGUUUCUAGAGAGACGAGGAGGGUGGUUGAAUGAGGACAUCAUCGACGUCUUUGGAAAAUACGCGGAGCAAUGUUUCACAGAAUUUGGAACGCAGGUGAAGUACUGGAUAUCAAUGCAUGACCCCAGGGGCGUAGCGUGGCGAGGUUACGGGGAGGGCACGGCACCCCCAGGAAGAUAUGAACCAGGGUGGAACCCCUACAUCGCUGCCAAUAACUUGCUCCGGGCUCACAGAAAAGCACUUGAUGCGUUCACAGCUAAGCCUUCAGGAGGUCAGCUGGGUAUAUCGUUAACAACCAACUUAUACCAGCCCCAGGAUCCGAGGAAUCCUGAUGACGUCGGUGCCAGUGACAGAGCGCUUCAGUUUGACCUCGGGUGGUUCCUGUCACCCUUGACCACGGGUAGCUACCCUGAUAACAUGACGAGUCAGGUUGAGAUGAAGAGUCAAUCAUACGGGGUGCCAUCCAGACUUCCCCAGAUACAGGAUUAUCCAGCUUCAUCCAACCAAACAACAGAUUUCCUGGUGGUCACAGUCAACGGUGUCUUCAAUGUGAGUCAUAAACCACGACCAAGUGACCCUCCGAACUACAUGGAUGACCAAGACUUGCGAGUGGUCAAGCUUGAUUAUUGGCCAGAGGACUCGGUGAGGUCAUUCCUGAAUUACGUCAAGAACACCACCUCAGUGGGGAUAUAUGUGACUGGUGGGAUUGCCACAGAGAAUGCCACACUGCGGGACACUCACCGCAUUGACUUCUUCAAGUGGCAUGUUAAUCAAGUCUUGAAGGCCCAGCAGUCGGACAACUGCAACAUCCGCGGUUACAUCGCUCGACCUUUGAUGGAUUGCUUUGAAUGGUCACAUGGCUAUGGCCUUAAAGGUGGAUUGUUUUCCGUCGACUUCUCGGACCCUGCGAGGCCUCGCAAACCUCGCGUGUCGUCUCGUUACUACAAACAAAUUGUGUCUGAUAACGGCAUCCUCCCAGGGUACAGCGGGCGCGGCGGCGUGGCUUCAGGUUUUGUUCCCAUGGAAAACGAUAGCGACAUUCUGUACGACACCUUCCCAGAAGACUUUGCGUGGGCUGCAGCUACUGCUGCUUAUCAAAUAGAAGGAGGAUGGAAUGCUGACGGCAAAGGUGAGAGUAUCUGGGACACACUGGUACGCACCACACACGACGUGGAAAACGGAGAUACUGGGAACGUUGCCUGUGACAGCUACCACAAGUAUAAGGAAGAUGUGCAGCUACUCAAAAACCUGCACGUAUCCCACUACCGUUUCUCAAUCUCCUGGACCCGAAUUCUUCCCAACGGUACACUCUCUGGAGGAAAGAACCAGCAAGGCAUCGAUUACUACCACAAACUCAUCGCUGAACUGCUCCACAACGGCAUCAAACCAAUGGUCACCAUCUUCCACUGGGACCUACCACAGGCGCUGGAGGACAAGGGAGGAUUCCUCAAUGAAAACAUUGUGAACUGGUAUAGGGACUACGCUGACCUAUGUUUCCAGGAGUUUGGAAAUAACGUGUCCUUCUGGAUCACUUUCAACGAGCCACCUAUAAUCUCCAUAUUGGGUUACGGUAACGGAACGUUUGCUCCUCAAAAGCACAACAUGACGCAGAACAUAUAUAUCGUAGCAAGGAACCUUCUCUUAGCCCAUGCGGAGGUGUACCACCUGUACAAUAACACGUACAGAGCAUCACAGAAAGGGGAAGUCGGGAUAACCAUCAACUUUAUCUGGAACGAGCCCCGAGAUCCUCUGGACAUCUCUGAUGUAGAUGCAGCAGAAAGGGCAAUUGAGUUCUACGACGGGAUGUUCAGCCAUCCAAUAUAUGUGGACGGGGACUGGCCUCCUGUGAUGAAGGAAAGGGUUGCUCGGAAAAACAAGGAAUCGGGCUGGCCUCGGACAGAUUACGUAACUUUUCUGAUUCGGAAAAACAAAAAUUGGAGACGCUCACCUUUUGAGGAACACCUGGCAUCAUCACUGUUUGAUAGAUCUCACGAUUUUCUCGGGGUAAAUUACUACAACUCUCUUAUUGCUCGCGACGACCCACAACCUGUCGGCGACACACCCACAUAUGACAAUGAUAAGGAAGUGGAAACCUAUGCGGAUCCUAACUGGCUAGGAUCUGGAUCCAUCUGGCUGACCGUAACACCCUGGUCGAUAAGGAAAAUGCUGAAUUGGAUCAAGUACAACUACAACAAUGUGGACGUCUACAUCACCGAGAAUGGCAUCUCCGACCGGAAUGGGACAUUGCACGAUAAUCAUCGCAUUCGUUUUUAUCGUUAUUACAUCAACGAAGUACUGAAAGCAAUAAAGUUAGAUAAAUGUAAUGUAAAGGGCUACACCGCAUGGUCAUUGAUGGACAAUCUCGAGUGGCUGACCGGAUUCAGCGAGAAGUUCGGGCUACAUCAAGUCAACUUCAGCGAUCCGACGUUACCACGUACUCCCAAAGCUUCAGCUUACUGGUACGCUGGACUGGUUCAGGACAAUGGGUACAAGCCCGGAUACUCCAGGCCCGGGGGUAGGGGAUCUGCCGUGCAGGGGGAGGGGGAGUUUCACUAUGGGACCUUCCCCAAGGACUUCCUGUGGAGUGCUGCGUCAGCAGCUUUCCAGGUUGAAGGAGCUCUCAAAGAGGAUGGACGAGGAGAAAGUAUCUGGGACAACUUCCACGUGUUCCACAACGACACUGGCGCCGUGGCCUGCGACAGCUACCACAAAUACCCCGAGGACGUCAGACUCUUGAAAAAACAUGGGGGUAACAAGCUUUCCGUCAAUCACUAUCGUCUUUCCAUCGCGUGGCCAAGAAUAUUCCCAAAUGGCACCAAAGAAUCUAUGAAUCCAGAUGGUAUCCAGUACUACCAUCGGCUCCUCGACGCUCUCCUUGCUGCAGGCAUUGAACCAAUGGUCACCUUGUACCACUGGGACCUUCCAAAGGCUCUCCAGGACAAAGGAGGAUGGACUAACGAGUCCAUUAUUGGACAUUUCAAAGACUACGCUGACGUGUGCUUUAGAGAAUAUGGAAAUAAGGUGAAACUUUGGAUAACAUUCAACGAGCCUUGGGUGUUCUUAGUGAAGGGUCUGGGGACAGGAGACCAUGCUCCAGGGCACACUAGCCUUGGGGUUGAGCCCUACUUGGGGGCACACAAUGUUCUCUUGUCCCAUGCCGAGGCCUAUCACCUGUACAAUGAUACUUACAGGAAGACACAACACGGUCAAAUAAGCCUCACCCUGAACAUAGACUGGGCGGAGCCAAAGGAUCCCAUGAAGCCCUCUGACAUUAAGGCGUCAGAAUGGGCAGUUCAGAUGUUCCUGGGUUGGUUCGCACAUCCUGUGUACGUCAACGGAGACUACCCAGAAGUGAUGAAAAACAGACUAGAGUCCGUUAGUAAGGCACAGGGACUUAAUAGAUCGAGACUGCCGGAAUUCACAGAGGCACAGAAGAAGAGAAUUGCAGGAACUCACGAUUUCUUCGGGAUGAACCACUACACCACACAGUUGGUGCAGAUGCAAGAUGAAGAUCUGGCUGGACGUAAAGAGCCCAACUACUUCAAUGAUCGAGGCAUAAAGGAUGAACCUGACCCUAAAUGGUUAAAGUCCGGGUCAUCAUGGCUAUACGUGGUUCCCUGGGGGGUCAGGAAGAUUCUCAACUGGGUCAGGAACAACUACGGCGAUGUCCCCAUCUACAUCACCGAGAACGGCCUGUCUGACAACAACGGUACCCUCAAUGACCAACACAGGGUAUACUUCUACAGGUACUACAUCAACGAAGUACUUAAAGCUAUCGACUAUGACAAGGUGAACGUGAAGGGAUAUACAGCAUGGUCACUACUAGACAACUUCGAGUGGGAUCGUGGCUACUCGGAAAGAUUCGGAACACACUAUGUUGACUUUAACAGUCCAGAGAGGACAAGAAAACCAAAAGCAUCUGCGGCCUUCCUACGACACGUCUUUGAAGACAAUGGUUUCAAGCCAGGCGCGUUGACGGACCCUAACAGAAAACCAAUGCUAUACGAGAACGACGUCCUCCUUGAAGACUUCCCUGCUGACUUUGAAUGGGGAGCGGCUACAACCGCUUAUCAGAUAGAAGGCGCUGUUGAUACGGAAGGACGAGGACCCAGCAGCUGGGACGUAUACCUGAGGACGCCUGGAAGGACCCUGUUUAACCAGACAGCAGAUAAGGCAGCCAUGUCUUUCACACAUUAUCUCGAGGAUGUUGGUGCGCUCAAGAACAUGGGGGCCAAGUCGUACUACUUUUCACUCUCGUGGUCCCGAAUCUUACCGAAAGGAACGUCAGAAGAAAUUAACCAAGAUGGUAUCAACUAUUACAACGAGCUGCUGUUGGCUCUGGCUGAUGCUCAGAUUGAACCAAUUGUGUCCCUACACCAGUGGGACACGCCGGCGGCCAUUACAGACGGUUGGCUGGAUGACAAAAUAGUGGAAGCCUUCGGGAACUACUCCAGAAUAUGCUUUCAGAACUUCGGGGAUAAGGUGAAAACAUGGGUUACCCAAAAUGAACCUAAUGUCUUAGCUCUGAUGGGAUACGAGCUGGGUCUGCAUGCUCCCGGGGUCAAAGAUCAAGGUUACAAGGCCGCUCACAACAUGAUCAAGGCGCAUGCUACAUCAUACAGAAUCUACCAGAAUGAAUUUAAGGACAUUCAAAAUGGAAAAGUAGGACUUGCAGUGUUCUAUCCUUGGGCAAUACCAAAGACGGAAAGGGAUCCUGGUGAUUGGGCCGCUCAAGACCGGAAGUUUGCCUUCGACUGUGAUUGGUUCGUUGACCCAGUGCUGUUGGACGGGGAAUACCCUGACGUCAUGAAGAGAGCGGUGUCCCUCAGAAGCAGGGAACAGAAUCUGAACCAAUCCCGUCUCCCGGUAUUUACAGAGCCGGAGAAGAACAUGAUCAGAGGUUCGGCGGACUUCUUUGGCAUCAGCUACCUCUCAUCCAGCUUUGUCCAGGAGCGACGUCACAACGUCUCCGCCUCGCCAUCUAUCCUUGAUGACAGGGCUGUCACCGAAACUGGUUCCCCUUCGACUGAUGUGAACCCCAAGGGACUGAGGAUGAUACUGAGACGGUUCAGACAGCGGUAUGGCAACAUCCCUGUCUACGUUACCAGUAACGGCGUGGGGGACAAGCCAGGGACAAUUCAAGAUACGGACAGAGUGCAGUACAUCAAGUCCCACACUAAUGAAGUAUUGAAAGCAAUACAGCUCGAUGACGUUGACGUCCGUGGCUACAUGGUCUACUCCCUCAUCGACAGCUUCGAGUGGAACUUCGGCUACACAGCUGCCUACGGCCUCUACUACGUCAACUUCAGCGACCCUAGCCGUGCACGUCAUCCUAAAUCUUCGUCAGUGUACUACCGUAGUCUGAUCCAAGACAACGGAUUCUUCAAACCAACGACGCCAAUGAUCAACACUCCAACUGAAAAGCCUAAGGCCGAAGGCGAGAAGGAAUGUCCAAAACCAACAUCAGCAGCCAAUAUGAUGACUUCAAGUGUAGGCAUUCUGGUCACCAUCGUGGCCAUAUUAUUCAUGAAUAAAUAAUUCCUACAACUGAA